AAAUUUGCUGGGUGGUCUUGAGAAAAUUCUUUAAAACUUUCUAGUACACAGAUUCUGUAUCUGUAAUAAAGAGAACACACGGUGGUGAUUAAGAUUAGAAAUAAGGUACAUUAAUUGUCUGAGUGCCAUACAAUAUGGUUAGUGGUGGCACUGGAAUUUAUAAAUAGAAAAGAUGUUAUGGGAAGAAAAAGGACUUGAUUAACUCUUUAAGUACCAGUAAAGACAUGCUUUUAUUUGUAUGCUGUUUACUUUGGUACUAGAUAGGCCAGUGUAGACAGAUCAUGGAUGAUCAAUGGAGAUGUAGGGGGAUCGAGGAAGAUUGGCUUCUUACUUGUAGUGAAAGCUGGGGAGCCAAGCCAAUAGAUAUGGCCAAGAUUAAACACUCAUGUCUACUCAGUAAUAACUGUUCUUUGUGGAGGGCGGAGGGAACACCUGGAUCUAACAUUGAAUGUCUUCCAGGACCAGAUAAUAUUCACAAAACCAUUUCCCAUCGUUAACUUGCGGAAACGACAAAAAUAAGAAAUAUCUUUAUCUACUGCAUAUUACGUCUUAGAAAAUGUGCCCUCAAGGCAGCUUAAAAAGAGAAGCUACUCUAAUUCCAAGGGAAUUCCGAAGAGAAUUCUUUCUCAUUAAUUUAUAAAAACGACACCAUGAGUGUAUAUUGCAAAGUGUAUAAGGUUAAAAACGUAAGGGGCUUCAGAUCGCAAACCUUUCUUCCCCGAGCCAGAGACAGGUGACACAAAAGGCUGCCAGCGAUUUUAAUCAACAACAUUAAUGGCAGGCAAGUAACAUCUCACUUUCCGACUCCGGAGGGGCCGUCCUGCAGAGACUACGCCUCCCAGCAUGCAGCGCUGCACGUCCCGACGCCGGCGCGAUCGGACCAGUGCAUGCCGGGAAGUAGAGUUUCCGUUUCUGAACUGCCCCGACGCGUUUCGUUUAUGUUGCGUGACUCACGACUUCCGCAGCCCGGAGUCCUCGAGGACUAAUACAGUAAUUUAAAAGUUCACUUCAGUGAUUCUUUUAUAUUCCUUACGCAGUUUUCCCAUUGCCAAGUAACAUCCGGACAAAAGAGUUUUCCGUUUCCGGUUGGCAUGUUGCCUUGGUAACUGGGAUGCACAGCCGCGGAGGCAGUUAUGGCGGGGCUGGGCGGUGAGCCCAUCCCCGACGGGGAGUUCACCGCGGUUGUGUACCGGCUCAUCCGGGAUGCCCGGUACGCCGAAGCCGUGCAGCUGCUGAGCGGAGAGCUCCAGCGGAGCCCGAGAAGCCGCGCCGGGCUGUCGCUGCUGGGCUACUGCUACUACCGCCUACAGGAGUUCGCGCUGGCGGCCGAAUGCUAUGAGCAGCUGCGCCAGCUGCACCCGGAGCUGGAGCAGUACCGCCUGUACCAGGCCCAGGCCCUGUACAAGGCCUGCCUCUACCCAGAGGCCACCCGCGUGUCCUUCCUCCUCCUGGACAACCCCGCCUACCACAACCGGGUCCUCCGUCUCCAAGCCGCGAUCAAGUACAGCGAGGGCGACCUGCCCGGGGCCAGGAGCCUGGUGGAACAGCUACUGAGUGGAGAAGGAGAAGACAGCGGGGGCGAGAACGAGCUGGAUGGCCAGGUCAAUCUGGGUUGUUUGCUGUACAAGGAGGGACAUUAUGAAGCCGCGUGUUCCAAGUUCUCUGCGGCCCUGCAGGCUUCGGGCUACCGGCCUGAUCUUUCCUACAACCUGGCUUUGGCCUAUUUCAGCAGCCGACAGUAUGCAUCUGCCCUAAAGCAUAUCGUGGAGAUUAUUGAACAUGGUAUCCGCCAACACCCAGAGCUGGGUGUGGGCAUGACCAUUGAGGGCGUUGAUGUUCGAAGUGUUGGCAACACCUUAGUCCUUCACCAGACUGCUCUGGUGGAAGCCUUCAACCUCAAGGCUGCCAUAGAAUACCAACUGAGAAAGUAUGAGGCGGCCCAGGAAACCCUCACUGAUAUGCCACCAAGGGCAGAGGAAGAGUUAGACCCCGUGACCUUGCACAAUCAGGCACUAAUGAACAUGGAUGCCAGGCCCACAGAAGGGUUUGAAAAAUUACAGUUUUUGCUCCAACAGAUCCCCUUUCCUCCAGAGACCUUUGGCAACCUGUUGCUGCUCUACUGUAAAUAUGAGUAUUUUGACCUGGCAGCAGACGUCCUGGCAGAGAAUGCCCAUUUGACUUACAAGUUCCUCACACCUUAUCUCUAUGACUUCUUGGAUGCCAUGAUCACUUGCCAGACAGCUCCUGAAGAGGCUUUCGUUAAGCUUGAUAGCCUAGCAGGUAUGCUGACUGAACAGCUCAGGAGACUCACCAAACAAGUGCAGGAAGCAAGACACAAUAAAGAUGAUGAAGCUAUCAAAAAGGCAGAGAAUGAAUAUGAUGAAACCCUUGAGAAGUACAUUCCUGUGUUGAUGGCCCAGGCCAAAAUCUACUGGAACCUUGAAAACUACCCAAUGGUGGAAAAGAUCUUCCGCAAAUCUGUGGAAUUCUGUAAUGACCACGAUGUGUGGAAGCUGAAUGUGGCUCAUGUUCUGUUCAUGCAGGAAAACAAAUACAAAGAAGCCAUAGGUUUUUAUGAGCCCAUAGUCAAGAAGCAUUAUGACAACAUCCUGAAAGUCAGUGCUAUUGUGUUGGCGAACCUGUGUGUUUCAUAUAUUAUGACAAGUCAGAAUGAAGAAGCUGAGGAGUUGAUGAGGAAGAUUGAAAAGGAGGAAGAACAGCUCUCUUAUGAUGACCCAGAUAAGAAAAUCUACCAUUUCUGCAUUGUGAAUUUGGUGAUAGGGACACUUUAUUGUGCCAAAGGAAAUUAUGACUUUGGUAUUUCCCGGGUUAUCAAAAGCUUGGAACCUUAUAAUAAAAAACUAGGAACUGAUACGUGGUAUUAUGCCAAAAGAUGCUUCCUGUCAUUAUUAGAAAACAUGUCAAAACACAUGAUUGUACUUCGUGACAGUGUCAUUCAAGAAUGUGUUCAGUUUCUAGAACACUGCGAACUUUAUGGGAGGAACAUACCUGCUGUUAUUGAGCAACCCCUGGAAGAAGAAAGAAUGCAUACUGGGAAGAAUACAGUCACAUAUGAAUCCAGAGAGUUAAAAGCUUUGAUUUAUGAGAUUAUAGACUGGAAUAUGUAGUAGUGUCUAAUGAUGGCUUUUGUCAAAAUGGCUCUGUUAACUUUAUAUAUUUGCAACUCUUUUAUCUUUGUCCUUUGGCAUCUUCACAUUUGUUAUACAUUGAAAUUUGUACACUUGAAAAUUAUAAUGAAAAUAAUUUAGAUGUAUCUUUUGAGAAACAUCACAAAAGGAUUAUAAUAAAAAGAACUUGAGCCCUAGAAAGAUUUAUGAAAAAUUCAAAAGUGAAUGGGGAAAUGUGUCAUAGUAUUUGUAAUGCCUACAUCUCCUCUCCUUUUUAUCUUUUGUGUUUUGCUAUACUCUGAAAAAAAUCCUGCAUGAGAAGAUUAUAUCCUCCAGGGACCAAGCACUGUCAAGUCCAGAACUCAGUUAAUAUAUAGGACAUCUGGAGAUUAAUAAUAAUCUCAAAGAUUUCAUGUUAUACUCCAACAAUUUAUCUUUGAGUAACAUUAAUGUGUAAUGCAUAUGUUUUGCAUAGAUUUUAGUAUGUCUUGGCAGAAUUUUCCAAUACAAUUGUAAUGCUUGCUUUAACAAAAAUUCUUUAUAUUCCAAACUUUUUUUUAACCUGCAAGAUUUAGUAGGAAAUCAUACCAUAACAAAACUAUGGUGCUGUGGUGUGGAGACAAUAAACAACUGACAUUCUCAUGGUUCUCUUUUGUCCAUUUGUUAAUAAUUUGAAUAUAUGAUGUUACUCUUUUCUUUAACUGAUUAAUAACACUUAUUAAUAAAGUUCUAAGAUACCCUUAAAA